UUUCAUUCAAACUGUUGGCUGUACAAAAUGAAACUUCUAAUAUUGGUUUUAGCCAUUUUCCUGGCCAUUGCAAGCGCAUCCAAAGUCACUAGAUACGAUAAUUUCAAAGUAUUCAAGAUUAGAACGGAAAAUGUGGAACAACUACGAAUGAUUGAGAAAUUGGCUGCCGAUUCGGAGAAUUUCAAUUUAUGGCACAGCAGCAAUAAAGAAGUGCAUAUUAUGGUCAGUCCACAAAAGCUCAUACAUCUACAAAACUAUACGCGCUCCUAUAAUCUGCCUUUGGAAGUAAUGGUUUCAAAUGUGCAGAGUCGUAUCGAUGCAGAAAAAUCUACUAAAUCCACGGAUGAUCUCUCAUUUGGUUGGACGCGCUAUUAUCCCUUAUCAUCAAUCGAAGAAUUUUUAGAUGACAUAUUGGCGAAUCAUCCGCUUGUUACGAGUGAAAUAAAUAUUGGCACAUCCUAUGAGGGACGUAAAAUACGUGGCAUUAAAAUCUCUUAUAAAUCGGGCAAUCCCGGCAUAUUCAUCGAAUCCAACAUACAUGCACGAGAAUGGAUCACCUCAGCGACUGCGACUUGGUUAAUCAAUGAAUUACUCACUUCGGAAGAUGAAGAUGUGAUGAAUUUGGCCCAAAACUAUGAUUGGUAUAUUGUGCCAGUUUUGAAUGUGGAUGGUUUUGUCUAUACACAUGAAACGGAUCGCAUGUGGCGCAAAACUCGCCAACCUGUGGAGGGUUCGUCAUGCAUUGGUGCAGACCCGAAUCGCAACUACAAUUCACAUUGGAUGGAGAGUAAUGGCGCUUCUUCGAAUCCCUGCGAUGAGACAUAUGCCGGUCCGGUAGCGUUCUCAGAGCCGGAGGUUAAGGCCCUUGCCGAUUAUGUCACUAGCAUUAAGGAUCGUAUCAAUAUUAUGCUCGCCUUUCAUUCCUACAGUCAAGUGUUACUUUCUCCUUAUGGCUGGACGCAAGAGCCUCCUACAAAUCACGAUGAUUUAAUCGCAGUGGCGAAGGCUUAUUCAGAUGCGGUCAAAGCGCUGCCUUAUAACACGACUUAUACUUAUGGUUCUACAGCGGAUGUAAUGUAUUACGCCUCUGGUGCCACCAAUGAUUGGGCUUACAGUGAACAGGGUAUUGAACUCUCAUACACCGUCGAAUUCCGCGAUACGGGACGUUAUGGUUUUAUACUACCUCCGGUGCAGAUAAUACCACAUUGUGAAGAUACACUUGCCGGAUUAGUGGCUCUGGUAAAAAGCGCUGACGAAUUGGGUUAUCUCAAGAUUAAAUACGAAGAUUAAACGUGAAAUGAAAUGGG